CAGUAUUCACAGAGACCAAAGAUUGAAUAAUAGUUUUUAAGGACAGAAUUAAAUGCUAUGUAAUGUGGAAACCCAUUCGAUUGGGGAUAAAAUGAGCGCGUGAUUCACUCUUCCGCCGCAACUCUGUGAUAACAGCGUCUCCAUCCUGCCAAUUAAAUUAAAACAGACUUGCAAAACAAACAUGGACUCUGCCACAUAACUCUUUAGCCGAAUUCUUACGGAGUUUUAAAAUAAUAACCAACAUGACACAGAAAUUUUAUCUUCGGGAAAAAAUACCAGAGGAACCAUGGAUGGAAAACUUUUCAGUGGACCCUCAGUUGAUAAAGGAUUUUUUUCAAAGAUUUCUAUACCAGCCAAAGGAUAGAGAGUACCCUGACCUUUGUCAACUGCCAGAACUUAAUGAGCAAACCCUGCUGGACAACCUUAGAGCAAGGUUUGCAGCAGGAUAUAUCUACACAUAUGUGGGCUCCAUCUUGAUAGCUCUCAAUCCAUUCAAGUUCUACCCUAUAUAUAAUCCGAAGUAUGUAAAGUUGUACCAAAACAAAAGGAUUGGCUCCAGUCUUCCACCACAUAUAUUUGCAGUUGCAGACGCCGCUUACCAUUGUAUGCUGCGGGAAAGAACCAAUCAGUGUAUAGUGAUCAGUGGAGAAAGUGGUUCGGGCAAGACGGAGAGCACUAACUUCCUGUUGCAUCACCUAACAGCCCUCAGUCAGAAGGGCUCUCAUGGCAGUGGUGUUGAACAGACAAUACUAAGUGCGGGUCCUGUUUUAGAAGCGUUUGGUAAUGCAAAAACCGCCCAUAAUAAUAAUUCGAGCCGUUUUGGAAAGUUUAUACAAGUUAACUACAAAGAAAAUGGUAUGGUCCAUGGUGCAGUUGUACAGAAAUAUUUACUUGAAAAAUCUAGAAUAUGUAGCCAAGGUCGCAACGAGAGGAACUAUCAUGUGUUUUACUAUUUGUUAGCUGGUGCUUCAGAACAGGAGAAAGAACAGUUGCAUUUGUUAAGUGUAGACAAAUAUAAUUACUUGUCACGUACUGGGUGUAGUGUUGUGCCGGGUGUGGACGAGCAGUAUGAGUUCUCGCGCCUCAAACAAUCUAUGGACAUGGUGGGAUUCACCAUGGACAAGCGGCGGCGAUUGUUCGCUGUGUUAUCCGCCGUGCUACUAUUAGGUAAUGUAGAGUUCCAACCGCAGCGAAAGUCUUAUCAUCACGAUGAAGCUGUUGGAGUACGGAACCCCGAAGUCGUCUCCCUCAUAUCCUCACUUCUGCAUGUGAAACAAGAAACAUUGCUCGCUGCACUCACAUCUAAGAGGGCGCGCGCCUCUGGCGAAACCCUUGUUAUUAAUUAUAGGUUACCAGAAGCGAUAGCCACUCGUGAUGCUAUGGCCAAAUGUUUAUAUGGUGCUCUAUUCGAUUGGAUUGUGAUGCAAGUUAACCACGCGCUGCUCUCUAAAAAGGACACUUUUCGGGAACACCAAGGACAUAGCAUAGGCGUCCUAGACAUAUUCGGGUUCGAGGACUUCGGCCCGAACAACAGCUUCGAGCAACUCUGCAUCAACUACGCGAACGAACACCUACAAUACUACUUCAACCAGCACGUGUUCAAGUACGAGCAGGAAGAGUAUCGGCGCGAGGGCAUCCGCUGGACGGACAUCGGCUUCUCUGACAACACCGGGUGUCUGCACCUUAUCCAGGGCAAGCCGGGCGGGCUGCUGUGCCUGCUCGACGACCAGUGCAACUUUCCUUGGGCUACCAACGAGACGCUAUUACAAAAGUUUAACUCGGUCCAUGAAGACAACCCUUUCUACGAGAAACCUCAGAGGCGAGAGCCGGCUUUCGUAGUGCGGCAUUACGCAGGCAGAGUCAAAUAUCAGGUUACGGUGAUGCGUGAGAAGAAUUUGGACCUUAUGCGGCAGGACAUAGUGAGCGUUCUCAAGAACUCGUCGCUCGCGUUCGUUCGCGAACUCGUCGGCGUUGAUCCAGUUGCUGUAUUCCGCUGGGCCAUUGUGCGCGCAUUCUUUAGGGGUUACUUCGCUUUCUUGGACGCGGGGCGAAGGCAUCGCGUGAACCGAGCGGAUGGCGCUACUCGACUCCCUCGAGCUUCCAUACAUGCGCCUAACGACUCCAUUAUCAGGACGCCGCAAAGGGGUACGAGCAAGGCGCGCGAGACACCGACUCGCACGUCGAACGAUAGUAGGCAGCGAUCGGAGGUGUCCACGAGGGGGGGGAAACAUUACAGGAGCGCGGAGACGCGCGUGCGCCGCCCCGAGCGAGACCGCGAGAGGGAGAGAGACGAACGACUCGACGACAACGCCAUCAUGCAGCGGGCCAGCCAGAUCGUUAUGAAGAACAAAUCGUUCCGUCCGCGCGAGCGAGCGAAGAAAGGCCUCAAGAACUUGCAGAGCGUUAAAACUUUAGCGGGGCGUACAGCCGCGCCUACUGGCAAGCGGAAACAGCCUCUUACAGUCGCCGCUCAGUUCCAGCAUUCGCUCGCUGCUCUAAUGGAGACGCUGAAUCAAGCCAACCCUUUUUUCAUAAGGUGCAUAAAGUCGAACGGUGACAAAAUUCCUAAUGUGUUUGACGAAGAGACGGUGCAACGACAGUUACGAUACACCGGCAUGUUGGAAACUGUGCGAAUCAGACAAGCGGGAUACAAUGUUCGCCUCACGUAUGAAGAGUUCAUACAGCUGUAUAGAAUACUGCUGCCUAAAGGGCUGCUCAGCUCGCAGACGGAUGUGAGGCACUUCCUCGCCACGCUGAACCUGGACCGGGAUAACUAUCAACUUGGUGCUACAAAGAUCUUCAUGCGCGAGAGCGAGCAGACGAAACUGGAAUACCGGUUGCACCAGCAGAUCAUGGCGUCGAUCAUCACCAUCCAGCGCUGGUUCCGCGCCGUGCUCGAACGACGCCGCUUCUUGGCGCUGCGUCGAGCUUCGCUCGUCAUACAGUCGUACUGCAGGCAAUGGCUAGUGAUACGUCUCGAGGCGGCAGUCAAACUGCAAUCAUGGUUCAGAGGUAGCCGAGUGAGACAAUGGUAUCAGAGGCUAAAGAAGGGUGCGAUAGCAUUCCAAGCAGCGGCUCGCGGCUAUCUGCUACGGAAAACUCUGCCUUCGCUGCGAUGCCAGCCGCGACUAAACUCGCAAAAAGACCAUGACAGUAAGCUGACGUAUAGGGCUAAAGUCCCGGUAGAGACGGAGGCGGACGUGCUAAGCCUCGAACAAAUCAAGAGCAUCAUUGGUUUGCAUGUACGAGAUCUAGAUUUACACAACUCAGAAAAGACAAGGCAACUAAGGCCGACGCAAUCUCUUCCAAUUUCAAGCUUGGAGAAGAAAGUAGAGGAUAUCCUAUUAGAAAUAACGGAUAAGGAUUCGUAUGGCAAAAGGAAACUUUAUAAAACGCCAAAUGUUAACGAGUUAUCAUUAAAGCAAGCAGGCUCAAGCGUCAAUCAGCAAGAUACGAGCGACGGCACUGCCGCGGACAUUUGGUGCGCGAACACGAACAAAUAUCCGCAGAGUGGAAUCGCUCUACCCAAGAAAAUCACCACGGAGGAUCUAGCCAACGAAUGGAUCUGGCUAAGGAUAGACCAAAGCUACCUUCAGGAGAAAAGCAAAAUACGAGAGAAGGGCUUGGAAGAUUUAGUGGAAACAAUAUCUGGCGAAGAGUACCUGAAAGAUAUAUCGACUGGACUGGGCAGAUGGAGUCCGGGAGAAAAUAACUCUGACAGUAACAGGAGUAAUAGUGACUCAAGACGCAGCUCCCCGCCGAUGUAUACUCGCAGCGUGUCCAGCAGUACGCUGGAAUCACCGCGCGCGCUGCACAGCCUGCCCCCAGUGCGCCGAGCGCGACACCACGAGCCCCCGCCCCCCACCACCACCACCACGCCCCCGCAUCUAGCCCGCACCGCUUGUUCUACGGCGGCGCGGUCAGUGGAGGCGGUGUCGACGGCGACGGCGGCGACAUCGGCGCCUUCGCCCCCGGCGCGCAGCACGCGCAGGUCGCCGCGCCGGGCGCUCCGCCCCGACCCCGAUAGCGUGGACGCCUCCGUACCACUGCGCAGUCCCACCAACGAGAACCACCAGACCAACGAGCAUUUGGAUAUCAAACGCGCGGCAUCAGAAGUGAUGUCGCCACUGCUGGAGGGGUCAACGCUAGCGGGUUCGGGGGUGGCUUUAGCAGGCGUGGGGCCGGGAAUAGGGGUCGCUUCAUGCGGAGCCCUACGACGGAGAAACUCAGACCCCGCUCCUGGGGAACCCAGGGCCCCGGACCCAAGAUCAACUGACUAUAUAGGACAGACUAACAAUGGACUAUUCCGGAUCGCUGGGCAUAGGUUUCGAAAAGGAACGCGUUUCGCAAAAGACGAGAAGUGCGUGUAUUGUCACAAGGCGAUCGAUGCGUUCGUGACGCAGGGCCAGCGGUGUAUCGAUUGCAAACAGCUUUAUCACACCAAAUGCAUCCAGAACAAGGGCGUAAUAACCAUGCCUUGCACUAGCCCCGUCACUGUUUCCCGAGGCCGCCACAAGAACAGGAAACGAAUAAUGCUCAAAGAUUCUCAGUACUUAUUGUCAGAUCCGACGAAAGGCGCCGUCAGUUCGAACUUCAAUCUGACCGGCACGUCCGAGUUUAUAGACAGGACCGACAAGAUCAUAUCGGACGCCACUGAGUUGCAAGCGAUGCAGCACUUUAUCACUAAAAAAAUAUACCAAAUGGAGUCGUCAGAUGAGAAGAAGCAAUCUGAAGUGGACAGGGUAUUUAAGCACGCACUACGUGAGUUCAAAGACAACUUAGUGGCUACAUAUAGCGUGGUAGAAACGCGAGGCUCCGCGCUCAAAUACAAGGACCUAAUAAGCAAUUUUCUUCACGUGAUGGAGACGGUUUGCGCGCGAGAAGGAUCAACUCUUUCUAUUACGAUGGGUGUGAACGCGUUCCGAGGAUUCAUGGAUGAGUUUAUGAGUCAAUUGGAUACGGACAAGGCGAGAACUAAACGGAAAAAGGACAAGAAGCGAAAGGUUGACGACCCCAUUCAGUACAAAGGACACACAUUCAUACUGUCGAUGAUAAACAUCCCUACGGAGUGUGAAAUUUGCAAGACGUUCUUCAUGUGGCCAAUCGAACGCUCGCUUAUAUGUCAAACAUGUAAGCUGGCCUCGCAUAAGAAGUGUUACAUGAAAGUAACGACGCAAUGUAGGAAAGACUCUGUGACGCGGUCCGCAGCUAUAGUUGGCGCUGUAGAUGCCGGCGGUAGGGAACAGUUUGGCGUGGUGAAGAGAGGAAAGGUAUUUGGUGUCCCACUGAGUGAAUUACCGACAGGAGAGAGCAAUAUACCGGUAGUUGUAGACCGACUCAUAACCACGAUAGAAAUGACUGGGCUUUAUACAGAGGGGUUGUACAGAAAGAGUGGACUUAGUUCUAAGGUGCGAGAGUUACGUCGCGUAUUAGACGAGCGGCCCGAGGAAGGUGUUGAAAGGCUAGAACUGUACGCUGUCCACGUACGAGCGUCAGUACUUAAGGGUUUCUUCCGAGACCUUCCCGAACCAUUGCUGACCUUCGACCUUUACGACGACUUCAUACUGGCCGCCGAGAUCUCCGACCCGCAGGAACGAGUAUCAAGUAUAUUUUCAAUACUGAGGAAAUUACCGAAACCUAAUUUCGACCUUGUAGAAAGAUUGAUAUUUCAUUUAGCGAGGGUGGCGCUUGUAGAAGACCACAACAGGAUGGGCCCCAACGCGUUGGCUAUAGUGUUCGCGCCGUGCAUUCUCCGUACACAUAAAAUUCAGCCGGCACAAGACUCACUGCACGACAUCGCGCGGCAGACCGCCUGUCUAGAGGCCAUCCUCGUCGACAAGAUGCGCACCAUCCGUGGAAUGCUGCAAGACAUCGCAGAAUUGGAUAGCGCUUGCUAUUCUGCCAACAAUCGCCUCUCUUCAUUGCGAAGUGCUUCUCGCCAGCCCCGGCCUGAAGAACAGAUCUUGGUGGGCCACAUCCACGAGAUACAGAAGGAGAAGGCCAUCCUUGCCUCCAACCUGUCUACACUCAUCAGGGCGACAUCUGACGACGAUCUCUUAUCGACGACGGACCACGACGGCGAGUUUGGCAGCACCGACGACCUCAGCGCGGGCGCCGCCUCACUGCGUUCCCAACGGUUGUUGCAUCGACAGCUUUCCUCUGACGACCCCAUAAUGGUUUAA